AUGGUUAUAUCCUCCCCUGCGCGAGUGUCCCAACACCUACAGCCACGCGCUACGCGCGGGGAGCGGCGGCCCCAGCCCACGGGCCCACCACCGGAGCCGGCAGAAGCGUCCCGGCCGGCUUGCCUGGAGGGCGAGGGGGCCGCCCCGCAGGCGAAGUUCCCGUGCCCUCUUGCCAUGUGGGAGCUCGGACACUGCGAUCCGAAGAAAUGCACCGGGAGGAAACUGGCCCGACAAGGGCUGCUCCGAACCCUGCACCUCCGCCAGAGAUUCCCAGGCCUCGUCCUCAGUCCUCUGGCUGCUGAGUAUGUCUCUCCGGCCGACAGGCACAUCAUUGCUCAGAGCGGAAUUGCAGUCAUAGAUUGCUCAUGGGCCAAAUUAGAAGAAACUCCCUUUAACAGAAUGAGAGGAACUCAUCUACGGCUGCUGCCUUACUUGGUGGCUGCAAAUCCUGUAAACUAUGGUCGGCCCUGCAAGCUGUCCUGCGUGGAAGCUUUUGCUGCAGCUUUUUGCAUUGUUGGAUUCCCAGACCUAGCCACCAUUCUUCUAAGGAAAUUUAAAUGGGGUAAGGCAUUUAUUGACUUAAACAAAAAUCUCCUGGAAAAAUAUGCAGCCUGUCAUUGCCAGGAAGAAGUGCUGAGAGUUGAAAAGGACUUCUUAGCCAGUGUCCAAGAAACAAAAAAUGAAGAAAUAGAUCCGUUUGAUAUUGACUCAGGAAAAGAAUUUUCUAAUCCCAACAGACCAAUCAAUUCCCCAGGACUAGCACAAAGUAAUGAAGAAUCCGAGGAGGACAGCGUGAGCACUCCAGAUGAUGCCACUGAAAGCAGUGAUAAGAGCAGUCCAGAAGAUGAUGGUACCGUAAAGUCGCUGCAACAAAAGCCAAUAAAUCAACUAUUUGAAAAGUAAAAAAAAAAAAAAACAACAACAACAACAAAACCACCACAUACCACAAGAACAUAAAAAAAUCCCCCAACGAUCCCAAAGAGUUGCAACAUCUUGUAUAAAGAAAUUUUCUUGUUAAGUCUGGCUUGUCCACCUGUAACUUGGUGCUUAGCAAAUGCCUUCCUUUAGAUGAACCUCAGGCUCUAUGUGGGUUUAUAGGUCUAUUAUGCACAUAAAGGCUUUAGGUUAUUUAAUUUUUAGAUAAUUGUCUAUGGAAUGCUGAUUAUUAUAUAAAGAGCCUGAAGCUUAGUUAUGAGUUAAAAAACCCCCUGUAUUCUAAUCAAUGUCUGGAAAGUGGUUUAUAGGUAUUAUUUUUACCUAAUAGUACAUGAAGUAAACCCUUUUAACUUCUGGGCUAUAUUGCAACUGGAAAAUGUGACUAAGUUGUUGCCCUGUUCAGAGUACCCACUACGUGAGGAGCCUUCUAACUUUCUGCAGGCUUGAACCUGCCAUAAUGUAUUUCUACUACUUCAUCUAGUUUAGGGUAAACCAAGCAUCAAAGGAAAAAACGCUUCCUGGAAUUGUUGUAACAUCUCAGUGUGUCUUUUCAGUAACUUUACGUUUUGUUUUUUUAUUUACUCUGAUAGACCAUCCUAAGCAACAUACAAUGUUUUGGCACUUUAUAUUCAGAACUGUACCAUAAAGUUUCAGGUAACAGGUUCAGCAAUGCUAUCUGCCUGCAUUCUCAUUACUUGAAGUGCCACUCUACCAAGUCAGAAAUACACAUUGUCUGGCCCUUAAAGAUUUGAGUCAGAGACUCUCAUCAGCACUAGUAUCUUAGUUCACUUUUCCAUAUGCCUGCCAGUUUGUAUAGUGAAAGUACAGCUGUUAGCAGUUGUUUUCUGUACGUUUAAAUAGAAUGCUUUUUUGAGUUUCCAGCACCCAACUGGAACUUAUUUAAACCUAAACUUCAGCAAUGCUUCAGUAGACUUGGAGCUACUGAGGACAACUCAUAGUGUUACUUUCGUAUAUACAAGUUCUCCAAGUCACAGCAAGAUUUUCACCUCUUAACCCCCUUCUACUAGAAAGAUUAAAUGCUGGCCCUACUGCAGCUAGAAUUGGGAGUCACAGCAGCAGUUUUAGUGGUACAAAUAUUCCAUUUCCCUUUAACAAGGAAAAAAAAAAAAAGCCCAGGUAAAUGAAUUUAACAAGGAAUCUUUUCCUUUAACUCAGUUUCUCAGUUACUCACUUUCCCACCCCAAGCAUAUGGAGUCUUUCCCAAAUGAGCUGUUGUAACAAGGAUUUCUAGAUAGUGGCAAGGAAGCAAUCCUACACAAACAACUUUUAAAGGACUGAGAAUAAUGGAAGGGCAUUAGCUAUUCCGAUUUGGGGAAAUGCUUCGAUGUUACAAAGCUAUUGGAAUCAAAUGCAGACAAGCAGAACAGAUCUGAGAACAGAGCUGUAUCACACUUAAGUCUCUAGCAGUAGCCAUUUUUUGGUAGCAAAAGCACUGAAGAAGCUACAGCUCAGAUGGAACAAAGCUUUUCACACUUCAUUUGUUUUGCAGAAUGAUUUUGACUAAAAAAUACAAUUAAAAAAGCAGUGAAAGUUUAAUAAGAGGGCAUAUCAGCUUGACAUACAUGAAAAUAACUUACAUAAUUUAACUGAUUUCCUUUACAGAAGGAAACUGUAAUUGCAUAGAGCACGUCCUUUUCCUAAAAGCUAUAUACAUUGACAUACGGAAGGCACAGAAAUAUUUCUGAUAAACAAGUACCAUUUAAAAUCCCCAGUUGCUGUAGGUCCCCUCGCAUUCCUUGGACAGCUUCUAUUGCUGUUCAUAGUAGUCUAAUGCUUGUGUUAUUUUAUGUUAAUGUGGUCACAGCAGUAUGUUGAUCCUGUUACGCACAGUAAGCACUUGGUCUCUAGUCAGAAUUCUGUAAGCUGUUUAAGGAACUGAUCAAAGCUGAAUAGCUGCAAUUACCACUGUGGGCCCAAAGAAAGGCCACACUCAUGUUGGGGGCAAGGAAAAGAAACCAAGGCAACAUCUAAACAAAAGGUAAGUGCAGCAUCACAGGCCUUAAAAACAGGACUUGCACUGAAUUGUGUUCAGAGCCAUUUAAAUGGCAGUCUUUUAAUGAUUUUAAUGAAGAUAAAUGAAACAAAGCCCUUUAUAUAAACAGUUUAUUUACUCUAAACAGCAACACAGACAGAACGCCAUAUAAACACAAAGGAAGUGAUGCAGAAUAAGGAUGCUGGCUGACUUUGGAUCUCAGAGGCUCUUAAGCAAUAACAACCUAGUUUCUGAAAGAUAGAAAAACAAAUUCAGGGAGGGAAGGGGGUGGAGGGCAUGAUUUUUUUUUUUUU